AUACAAGCAUCAUCAUGGAACAGUAAUGCAAAAGAGACUGGGAGAAGAAAGACUUCCAUGGCAGGACGUCCCAGAUGAAGUUCAGAGGGAGAUCACGCUCAGGUUUGUCCAACACGUCCACUUUGUGUCAGAGCCCGGCAGGAGAACAUAUUCCAUGACUUACUUUAUACGGAUCAUGUUCACGGCUUUGUUGAUCGUGACAGCCUCCGCUCUCCUUAAAGCCCUUGAGAGUCAAAGAUCAGCUGGAGUCUUCCUGCUCAUUGAAGGAGGAAAGUACACUUUCAACUUUACCGACGCCCACACGGCUUGCCAGUCUCUCAACGCUACCAUGGCAACCGCUGCCAACAUGGAGGAGGCCCUGCAGCACAGCCUGGAGACCUGCAAGUUCGGCUGGAUAGCUGAACAGGUGGCAGUCGUCCCGCGGCUGACGGCAAGCAGCAAAUGUGGGAACGGGAAAACUGGAUUGGUCAAGUGGAACGCGAGGGAGAACCAAAAAUUUGGCGUCUUCUGCUUCUCUGCAUCAGAUUCAAAGGCAACAGUUAUCCCGCAAACAUCCACAUCAUUCACCUCAUCAACACCUCACACACAUCCGCUCACGUCCUCAGCAGCUUCACCAUCACCGCCUCCAAGAACCACAGAAACCCCCGAGCAUGUGGCGUCUCCCACGUCAGCGGGUCGCCCCCAGGUCCAGACACUCCCGUGGCCCGGACUCGUCACCACUUCCACGCCUGGUCUCUACUUCACCACCAGAAUGUCUUUUCCUUCUCAUGUCAUCACUUCUUCGCCAGCUGUCAGCAGGUCGGCAUCCUCCAUUUCAACACGUCAUACUUCCAAUAAUUCCGUGCUGCAGCAGUCUGAGAGGCCUGCCAAGUCCUCCUCGAGAGCAGUUUCAACUGCACUCAUUGUCUUCAGCGUCGUCUUCCUGAUUGUGACCGCAGCAGGAGGACUGUGCUACUAUAAACUAAAAAUUCAGGCCUUUAGGUCCCGGGGGCCACAGGGUGACGACAUGGAGGCCAAGAUGUGGAAGCACACUGACCUGCACCAGCAUCAUCUUGAAGACAACGAGGAAGAGGAGGAGGAGGCUGAAGACAGGAAGUACUCCAGUGACAUCAUGCUGUGUGUGAAUCCACAAAUGAGGAAUAGCGACGCAACAUAGUUUGUUCUUUGCAGCACAUUAAUAAAGCUCAGUUUUGGCUGACAAGGUCAGCGAUUUAAUAUAUCAAUAUGUUUUUUAUUGUUGCUGGCAGUGCCGUAGUACAUCAUUUUCUAAUGUAGCUGAAUAGGGAAAUAGCGACAUCAGUAUGAUACAGAACAGUUGUACAAGCACAAUAGUAAACAUAUUUACAUGAAUACCUUUGACAGUGUCUAUCAAAAGUGAACAUUAUGAGCAGAAUUUUUGUACUGGAUCACAUUAGAUUCUGUACUUAAUGUUGUGGUCAGUGAAU